AUGAUGAGAACAUAUCGAUUUCAUAAAGGUUUCACUUUCUGCUUUGGUCUUGGAGGUCUUCACCACCGACAAUUACUUCAUCCUUCCAAUCUUCUCAAGGGAUUCAGUUUAGUCCUAGGGUUUGAUCGUGUUUGCCGCCUCGGAUGGCUCGAUUUUUGCCGAAGCAGCUCCGACGGCUACCUUAGAGCCGGAGUUGUGUCCCUUGUCCGUGUUUUUUCGUUUCCAGUCCUUCUUGUUGAAUCCCAUCGCGUUUUGCUUGUCUUUGCCGCCGACGAUAGAUUCUCUUCAUCCGUUUCGACGGCGAAAUCUGGCGAUUCCUUCGAUGGUGAGAAUAGAUCAGGUAAGGUAAUGAAGCUGCGGUGUUAUAGUAUCGGUUUCUACUCCUUCUCGCUGCAGAUCGGGUAUUUUAACCAGGUUAUGGCUUAG